CCGACCUCUGCUGCUGCCUCGUCAAAUCCUUAUGCCGCCAACGCAGGCGUUUCCCCCUGUUGUGAGCCAUGGCUUCUCUCCCUCCUCCCACCGCAACCUCUCUCGGUAAGAAUCACCCCUUCCCCUGGCUCCCUUCUUCCAAGUACACCUCCCUGAGCCAGCUGAGCCCGCCUCCCAAGCCAUCCAGGCAAGUCGCAGGAAGGUGCAAUGCCAUGAUCGGAGGCGUUGUUCUUCCUGACGAUUUUGUGGUGAACGGCCUUCACCUGGAUGUCUCCAGUCCACUGUUUCCCUACCUGCAGUAUGGCUUUGUUCAGUUCCAGAGAGUUGUUGCAGGAUUGCCAGAGAUAGAGAGGUCGGAGAUCCUGGCUUUCGUGGGGCUGUGCUGGGUCUACCUGACUGUAAGGCCAGGGGUUCUCGUAGGAGCUGUGGAUGCUUAUGUUCUUGCCCCGUUGCAGCUGGGUAUCGACAGCUUGCUGGGGAAGAGGAACCUCAAGAUGAGUGAUUUUGUUGUGGGGGAUAAGUUGGGGGAAGGAUCCUUCGGAAUCGUAUACUACGGUGCCAUAGUGGAGAAGAAUGGUAGUGAUGUGGAAGAUGGAGUGGCGCGAAGAGGAAGGAGAGCGAAGCUGGAUCAGAAGUACAAGGAGAAGGUCAUUUUGAAGAAGGUUAAGGUUGGGAUAAAAGGAGCUGAAGAAUGUGGUGACUUUGAGGAAUGGUUCAACUACCGCGUAGCGAGAGCUGCUCCCGACUCAUGCGCUGAGUUCCUUGGAAGUUUUAUUGCUGAUAGGACAUCUUCGCAAUUCACCAAAGGGGGCAAAUGGCUUGUGUGGAAAUUUGAGGGAGACCGAAACUUGGCUGAGUACAUUAAGGAUAGGAACUUUCCAUUCAAUUUAGAGUCCAUCAUGUUUGGCCGUGUCCUCCAAGGAGUGGACUCAGUUAAAAGGAGUGCCCUCAUCAUUAAACAGAUCAUGCGACAGAUAAUAACUUCUCUCAAGAGGAUUCAUGAUACCGGGAUUGUUCAUCGAGACAUAAAACCUUCCAACUUGGUGGUGACACGGAAGGGACAGAUAAAGCUUAUCGACUUCGGCGCAGCUACCGACCUUCGCAUCGGCAAAAACUAUACACCCGAUCGUGGUUUGCUUGAUCCUGAUUAUUGUCCUCCUGAACUGUAUGUGCUUCCAGAGGAGACACCCAGACCUCCACCUGAACCUAUUGCCGCCAUCCUCUCCCCGAUCCUUUGGCAGCUAAACAGUCCCGAUCUAUUUGACAUGUACUCAGCCGGAAUAACACUGAUGCAAAUGGCAGUUCCGAGCUUGAGGUCCGGCGCAGGCCUGAAGAACUUCAACUCCGAGCUGAAAUCAGCCGGUUAUGAUCUCAACAAAUGGCGGGAAUCCAUCCCCGCUCGCCUGAGCCCGGACCUGCGGUUGCUAGAUUUAGAUUCUGGUCGAGGCUGGGAUUUAGCCACAAAGUUGAUAUCGGAAAGAGGAUUUCUCAGAAGAGGUCGGUUAUCUUCUGCUGCUGCUCUGAGGCACCCAUAUUUCUUACUUAGUGGUGAUCAGGCAGCAGCUGCUCUUUCCAAAUUAAGCUUUACCAAAUAGUUCCUCUCUUUUUUUUCUCUCUUUUCCCCAUUAUUACUCGUUACAAAAGAUCUGUAUAGAUCGAUUUCUUCUUCUUUUUUUUCCUUGCUUAUACUUGCUGUGAUGAACUCUUCAUCAUUGUGUUCACCUGAAGCUGCAAUACAACCUUCAAUCAUA